UUUUGUACCACCAAUCAGGGGAGUUUAUCCCCUCUUUGAUCAAUUUAUCUCAAUUUAUUGCAAUUUCUCCUCAUUUUAAACCGUAUAAAGAUCAUUGCUUGCUGCAUUACAAUUCAGUUCCGUUGUCUUUGCGAAAUAUUCAACGUUUGGCGAAUUUCUGUUAAAAAAAGUUUGUCUUGAAGAUUUUUAUAUUGUGAGAUAUCGUGGACGUCUUUGUAUAGAUUGAAAAAGAAUUUUCGUUGUGAAAAUAAUAGGCUGAAUGGAGUUUUACCUGAUCGUUGAAGGUCCUGAAAAUUGUUUUAAACUUAUUAAGUCGCGAGCAAUUACCGACCCCCCAAAUAUAAGCCAGGUGGAUUGUCAUAUCGGAAGAUUUAUCAUCUUCGACAAUAAUGGGCAACUGACAGAAGCAGUCGUCAUAAGGACAUCGGAAGAUAAAAACCUUCUACAGGCUCAUUUGAACGCUAUACACAUUGAUUUCAAUCAAUGUAUGACUAGAUGUGCCCUAGACGAGUUUUAAGAUUUAGUUAUAGGAGAGGAGCGUGCUGACAGUAUUAGACGAACUCCAGAUUCAGCUACAGUCAACCCACCACCGAUGAAUUCGACAAGAGAUCAACCCAUUCGUGGAGAAGGAGAUCGCUCCCAAACUAUUGAUGUGUACACGCAAACAGUAAUUAUGUAUGACCCCCUGGCUGGUGAUGAACCAAAUUCCCAGAGAUUGGCCUUUCUUGAGCAGCAAAACGCAGAGCAGCAUGCAAAGAUCGUAGAGCUGACGAGUGCAUUAAGUGAGCUUACUGGGAUGAUAAGUGAGUUGGAGGCCCUGAAUGAGGACACUGCGAUGAUACAAGCCCGAUUGGAGGGACACAGCAGAAGUUCUAGUAGCUCUGCUCAGUCGUCUCAUGAAGAAUGGCAGCCAUCUAAUUCUAACUCAUCAGAGAAUGUUGAGGAAAUUGAUGAUAUAAUUGAAGAUGAUGAGGACAAUUGCGCUUUGCCAGAGGUCCAGUUUGUGAGCGGUCGAAAUGCUGAACCUACGGUCCAUGUUUCCCAUUUGAUUAUCCAGGAUGGUGUACUGGUUGUAGAGGAGGCCGAUGGCGAUAUACCUGAUGCUAGACCAACAGUAGAGAAUCCUGAACCCGUAUUGCAAAAUUCUGAAAUCAUUGAGAUUGAACCGGUGCAAGUGGUCGCGAGUACAUCUGGAACGCAAAACAAUGGCGAAGGAUCUUCCAACACUCAACCGACGAAUUCUCAAUCACAGGAAAAUAUCGUUAUUGGACCAAAUGGGACUACAUUGAGUGCCAACUUUGUUAGAAUCCUGGAUUGGGAUUGUUACACCUUGACUACAAGACUUAUCCUCGUUGAAGUCUUCGGUAGAGAAACAUUAGCAACACAUACACUCUCAGGAAAGCCACCAACUAUUUUCAAGGAUCGUGAUGCUAAAGCACCGUUGGAUCCACUUAAGAUACAAGAUAUUGUUUAUUUCGUAACAACCAACACUGAUGCUAAUGAGGCUAACGUGAGGGCCGUCAUUACCGCUAAAUGCGCAGAUUCUACUAGAAAGAAGCAUCCAUCAGGGUCAUCUACGAGAUUUAAUGCUAGCGGACAUAGAAAUGAACAUCAAAAUGGCCACCAGAAUGAAAAUCAAAAUGGCCAUCAGAAUGAAAACCAAAAUGGCAACCAGGACGUUGGACAUCGAGAGAGACACCAAAAUAGCCAUCCGAAUGGCCGUCGUCAGAGACGUCAGAAUCGCAAUCAGAAUGAUGGACAUAGGAAUAGACGUCAAAAUGGCCAUUCGAAUGGGCAUCAGAACGGCAACCAGAACGAUGGACAUCAAAAUGGCCACCAGAAUGGCCACCAAAACGGCCACCAGAACGGCCACCAAAACGGCCACCAGAAUGGCCACCAGAACGGCCACCAAAACGGCUACCAGAACGGCCACCAGAAUGGCCACCAGAACGGCCACCAAAACGGCCACCAGAAUGGCCACCAGAACGGCCAUCAAAAUGGCCACCAAAACGGCUACCAGAACGGCCACCAGAAUGGCCACCAGAACGGCCACCAGAAUGGCCACCAAAACGGCCACCAGAAUGGCUACCAAAACGGCCACCAGAAUGGCCAUCAGAACGGCCACCAGAACGCGGGAGUCGUGGUGGAUAUAUCGGAUGAUUUUAAAUACAUCGAGGACCAAUCUGUCUUACUUCACCGUAAUAUUGUUAACCAGCGAAUGAGAAGGCCCGAAGCAAUUGAGCAACAGAAAGGACCAGUAAUAGAUGAAGACGUAGCCGUAGCUGAUCCAGAGGCAACCAUUAGACCAGAAGAGCACCUAAUGGAGGAUGACGCUAAGAAUGCUGAUGAAGAUGAACCAGACGUGGUCAUGCAGACACCACAGGAAAAUCAAUCAGUUCGCGAAGAAAUUGAGGAACCGACACAGGCAAUACGCUAUGAUCCUUUGACUUCCGCACAAGUUCAAACAGCCAAUUAUUUUAUGCGAUUGCUCUUGGUUCAAUGCAAUAGUAACGUGAAGAAGAUCCUUAGCUUGAAGCGCAAAGCGCAAUUGCUUAAUGCAAAAGCCCGUGAAAUGGAAGAAAAGAAGCGGAAUACUGUAGAAAUUCCUACAGGCGCCGUCCUCCUUAACUUGCCUCAAGUUGAAUCCGAUUCCAAUGAGAAUGUGGUUCUGGUGGAAAUCGAACCUAAUCAAGAAGAACAGGAGACAAGUAAUGUCGUUCCCAUUGCUGCAGAGGAAAGUGAGCCCGGCCGUUCCCGCAAAACACUGAGGAGUGAAACAUCGGCAGUAGAAAGUAAAGAGAACACCUCGCCAAAUGCAAAACGCUUCAAGGCAGCCGAGGUACCCAAUGACGUUAAAAAGAGCUCCACAACUCCUCAAUUACCGACGGCUUACCAACGUGAGGAGGACAUCGUCAUCGGAUCAAAUGGAACGAAAAUUAAUGCCGUGUUUGCUAGAGGUCUAGACUGGGACAAUGACUACAUUGCCAUACGACGUGUCGCCGUUAAAGUUUUUGGCAAAAAGACUUUGGCAACACACUCGCUCUCAGGAAAGCGAUCACCUGCUUUUCCGGAUCGUGCAGCGAAGCCACCGUUGGAUCCGCGCAAAGUUGAUGACAUUAUUGAGUACGCCAUGAGGAACGCCGAUAUACUUGCGUCCGCUGUAAGGCGCAUACUUACGGCUAAGUGUGCUGAUGAGAAUAAGAUGCAGAAGAAUAAUACGUCGUCGAAGUCAUCAAAGAAAGGCAAGAAAAGUAAGGCGAGUAGUCCAGCAGAUGAACCACGUGCUGGUUCUAGCAAUACCAGUAACUCCUCCAACACCGAUAAAUCUAGCAACGCUGAUAAAGUGGACGCACGUGAUAGCAGCAGCCCCGGCGCUAGGCCAGAUCUGAACAUGAGCUUUAAGAAGCGCAUCAUGAAGAACUUCCAGUACAAUAUGGACGAGUUUCACUUAAUUGUUCAAUUCCUUGUUGGUGAUAACAACCGUGAGUCGCGGUUCAGUGUUAUUAACGCUCAACAAAUUGCGAAUAAUUCCGAAGUCAAUCAAACCACUUGUUACCCGGGAAGGGAAAUUUAUUUGGAGAUAGCAGAUGUGCUUGUACCGGCAAUCAUAAGGAAGAUAUCGGAUGAUAUCAAUGACAUCGAGGUGCAAUACAUCGAGCUUCAGUUAAAUGAUGCUGAGCAGCGUAAGAUUAGGCAAGGAGCAAUCAAACAUCAGGAGAGACCAAUUGUAGCUGCAGUUAAUCCUGAAAAUGUUGUACGACCACAGGACCAGUUGAUGGACAACAACGCCGAAAGUGCGGAAAACACCAAGAUUUGGCGAUUCAUUGAUGCUAUUAUCAAACAAGAUUCUACAGUGAAGGUCAUCAUUAGGUUUAAGCUGCCUCAAGUUGAAUCCGAUUCCAAUGCGAAUUUAAUGAAAAAGGGUAAAGAUGGGAAGACAUCAGAGCAAUGUCAGCCCCGCCAUUCGCACAAUACACGGAGUAGGAAAUCAUCAGCAGAAGGGAACAAAGAAAACACUGCACCAAACGCGAAGAGGUUCAAGGCGUCCGCAACAUCAAAUAAAGUUGGAGAAUGUUCCAAAACUCCUCAAUUACCGACGGCUAACCAACGUGGGAAAGAAAACACUGCGCCAAACGUGAAGAAGAGGUUCAGGGCGUCCGCGACAUCAAAUAACGUUGGAGAGAGCUCCACAACUCCUCAAUUACCGACGGCAUACCGACGUGAGGAGGACAUUGCUGCAGAGGGAAGUGAGCCCGGCCCUUCACGCAGAACACCGAGGAGUGAAACAUUGGCAGUAGAGAACACCUCGCCAAAUGCAGAACCGGCAGCCGAGGUACCCAAUAACGUUGGAGAGAGCUCCACAACUCCUCAAUUACCGACGGCUAACCAACGUGGGGAAGAAAACACUGCGCCAAACGUAAGGAAUAGGUUCAGGGCGUCCGCGACAUCAAAUAACGUUGGAGAGAGCUCCACAACUCCUCAAUUACCGACGGCUUACCAACGUGAGGAAGACAUCGUCAUCGGAUCAAAUGGAACGAAAAUUAAUGCCGUGUUUGCUAGAGGUCUGGAUUUCAAGAAUUUCUCCCCUACCACACGACGAGUCAUCCUUAAAGUCUUUGGCAAAGAGACUUUGGCAACACACUCGCUCUCAGGAAGGCAAUCACCUGCUUUUCCGGAUCGUGCAGCGAAGCCACAAUUGGAUCCGCGCAAAGUUAAUGACAUUAUUGAGUACGUCAUGAAGAACUGCAAUGUGCCUGAGACCGCUGUGAGGAACAUCAUUACAGCAAAGUGUGCUGACGAGAGCAAAAUGAUGAGGAACAAUAAUAACGCAAGCAGUCCAGUAGAUGAACCACGUGCUGGCCCUAGCAACGCCGACAGCAACAACAGUAACGCAAGCAGUCCAGUAGAUGAACCACGUGCUGGCCCUAGCAACGCCGACAGCAACAACAGUAACGCAAGCAGUCCAGUAGAUGAACCACGUGCUGGCCCUAGCAACGCCGACAGCAACAACAGUAACGCAAGCAGUCCAGUAGAUGAACCUCGUGCUAGCCCUAGCAAUACCGAAAACUCCAGUGACAGUGAUUACUCCAGUAUUACUGGUAGCUCCACCACAACCGAUAUCUCCAGCAUUGCUGGUAGCUCCAGAACCGAUGAGUCUAGCAACGCUAAUGAAGUGGUUGCCCGUGAUAGCAGCAGCCCCGACGCUGGAUCAAAUCUAAUCAUGAGCUUUAAGAAGCGCAUCAUAAAGAACUUCCAAGAUAAGUGCAACAGCUCCCGCGAUUAGUGGAUGAACUUUCAUAGUCAUAAAAGACGUACAGAAAAAAUCAUAAAAUGAGUUAAAUUUUUUAUUUAAUUCAAUAAUAUUAAUAAUCACAUUUAAUAAUUUUGUUAUUUUAAAAUCAAGAACAAAUUAUUGUAAUAAUUUGAAUUUAUACAAAAAAAGAGAAAAAUGGCAAAUACGAUCUGUGAUACGGGCUUUCUGCCGUUUUCCCGUUGAGAUCAGUAGUAGUAAGUCGGCGGCAGCCGCAACAAUAGUGUGAGGUUUUGAUAAAUCUUGAUAAAAAAUUUCCAAUAAGGAUACUAUAAUGUUUUCUGUGAAGUUUUAUAAAUAUUGUAUAACAAAAAUUUUUGAGUUCAGAAUAAAAAAGUUUUAUAUGAA